AUGUCGUCAAACACAGACACACCACAGCAACAGCCGGCGUCCAAACCGGCUCAGGAGAUUCCCUCAAAGCCGGCAGCACCAGCAUCUCAGCAAGGUCAGGGACAGGGACAGGGCCAGGGGUCGGAGCAGAGGAAAUGGCAGAGUAACGGAAACAAGCCCAAUGGCAACAAACGCGGGUUCCAGGGCCAGGGCGGACGGGGCAAGGACAAGCAGCGCAAGUCGAAGCGUGAGAGGAACAUCACGGAGGGGUCCUCGGAGGAGGUCUUGGCGGCGGACGUGCAAGCGCUCAUCGCAUCCCGUAAGGAGUCUCUCCCCGAGCCGGCGCCGGCGCCGGCGGAUGCGGGUGCGGAUGCCAAGGAAGGCGACGCCGAGGCCGCGGCUGAGACCGCCCCGGCACAACCCCUUCCGGCCCCCUUCACCGAGAUCGAGGUCGAGGUCCUCGCCCUCUCCUCCACAGGCGACGGCCUCGCCGUGCACGCCGGCUCCCCGCCCACCCAGAUCUAUGUCGUCCCCUUUGUCGCCCCCGGCGAUGUGGCAAAGGUCAAGGUCAUCCGGCACUUCCCCGCCGAGUCGUACUCCAUGGCCGACUACCUCUCGGUCGUCACGCCGGGCCCGCUGCGCGACGACACCCGCGUCAACUGCAAGUACUUCACCAAGUGCUCCGGCUGCCAGUUCCAGAUGCUCAGCUACGACACCCAACUGGCGCACAAGCGCACAAUCGUCGAGAAGGCGUUCCGCAACUUCUCCAACCUCAACCCGGAGCUCGUGCCGGAAGUGGCCGAGACCAUCGGCAGCCCGCUGCAGUACGGCUACCGCACCAAGCUCACGCCGCACUUUGACGGUCCCCCGGGGCACAACAAGAGGAACAAGCCGCGCCAGGCGCUCGACCGGGUACCCGAGAUCGGCUUCAACGUCAAGGGCCGCCGCGCGGUGCUCGACAUCGAGGACUGCCCCAUCGGCACCGACGCCGUCCGUCUCGGCAUGAAGCGCGAGCGCUCCCGCAUCGCCCGCGAGUUUGGCAACUACACCAAGGGCGCGACCAUCCUCCUCCGCGAGAGCACGAAGCGGUACCCCAAGAAGGUCAUUGGCGGCGACGGCGACGCCGCCGACGCGGAACAGGAACAGCCCCCCGCGGAGACCCCCUCGGACGCGAUCCGCGUCGACACCGACACCCACACCGACAUCAAGACGUGCCUGUCCGAGACGGGCGCCAUGAGCACCGAGUACAUUGGCCGGUACCUCUUCACCAACCCCGCAAACUCCUUCUUCCAGAACAACAACUCCAUCCUGCCGACCUUCACGGGCUACAUCCGCGACCACGUCAUGCCGCCCGCGGGCCCCAACCGCGACCGCACAAAGUACCUCAUCGACGCCUACUCGGGCUCGGGCCUCUUCACAAUCACGCUGGCCUCGCUCUUCCAGGGCAGCACGGGCAUCGACAUCGCCAAGGACUCGAUCGAGUGCGCGCGCAAGAACGCCAAGCUCAACGACCUGCCCGAGUCGCAGUGCAACUUCAUGGCCGCCGACGCCCCGGAGCUGUUCAAGCACGUCACCUACCCGGCCGACGAGACCGUCGUCGUCAUCGACCCGCCCCGCAAGGGCUGCGACAACGACUUCUUGAGCCAGCUGCUGCGCUUCGGGCCCCGCCGCGUCGUGUACGUGAGCUGCAACGUCCACACGCAGGCGCGCGACGUCGGCGUGCUCGUCCGCGGGGACGGCGGGGACGGCACAAAGUACGAGAUCGAGAGCCUCGUGGGCUUCGACUUCUUCCCGCAGACGGGCCACGUCGAGGGCGUCGCGGUGUUGAACAGGGUUGAGAAGACGGCUUGA